AAGUUUCUAAUUUUCGUUAGAAAAUAAAAUGGCCGCCGUUUUCUCGUCUACCUGACAUUGUAACGUGAUCGACGAAAAGUAUCGGAAAUAUUCGAGUUCUUGGGACUGUGUCAAAAACGCAGUUGUCCUUUUUUUUCUUUCUUAUGGGUAACCUGGAACGAAUAGGAAGGAACGAACACGCACAAAGAAAGAGAAAGGGAGAGAGAGAGAGAGAUAAAUAGAUAGAUAGAGAAGAGGCCCCUUUAUGACCUGCGAAGGAUUUCAGGUUGAAUAGCUCCCAGGGUCUUUUAGGAUCGUCUAUCGUUUCGAGUCCCUUCUUGGAACUCGAGCCCUCAUAAUGUACGCCCGCACUGGCUGCCUAUGUAUACAUAUACUAUAAUGGUAAAAUGGAAAGCAACGUCAUCUGAUCGUUUCAGUAUGGAAUUGACGAAUCUGAGUCGAUUCUUGUUCUUGUUCCUGUUCCUGUAUAUUUUUACAUAUGGCGGUUUUGCAAAUUAUUUGAGAAAAACAAAAAAUAGAGAGAGAGAGAGAGAGAGGGGGAAUAUGUGAGAGCGCAGCAUUACUAUCUUACGCAAAUAGAUUUCACUUUCUAUUUUGUUACAUUGUUCGACGAACUAUCUAUACGUUUCAAGAAAGUAGCAGGAACGACCAUGAGGCUUUCGUAUAUGAGAAUUUGACACUGCUGUGACACAUAGUAUAUACUAGGACAACAGCGUCAAACACAGACAUAAUUUUUUCUUCAACGCGUCUGCUUUUUCUCAUGAUGUCCUCUAAUUCUCUCGAGUGUCUCUCUCUCUCUCUCUCAAGUGUCUUCUUCACUGAUUUUUAUUUUUUUUUAUAUUUCUUUUUCUUUUUUUUUUACUGCACCGUACUGCUUUUUUUCUUCAUUUUUUCAAAUCUAAACCAACAAUUAUAUGUUUUUCAAUAUUUAUCUUUUUUUUCUCUUUCUUUCUUUUUUUCUUCUUUUUCUCUCAGAAGAGAGGAAAAAAGCACUGUUAGAAAAACUUUUCUUCGCCAGUGUAAUGUUGAUUUUUCCUAAAAAAAAUCUUUUCUUCUCUUUUUUUUAUUCUAUACUAACAAUUAUAAGUUUUUCAAGGUUUCUCUCUUUUCUUCUUUUAAUAGACAGAUUGAAAAAAAAUGCCAUUAAAAAGAACAGUAUUACAGAGUAAGAAGAUCUCUCGCGUUCCCUUCAAUGAUUUCUUGCUCUCAUCUUCGAAUAACAGUCACGGACACUCGAUCGCUUUACCUCAUCCUUUCAGCAGAGUGAUUCUAUUUAAAGCAUUCAAUAUUAACCCAUCCAUACAUCCCGAAAAGAUCGUAUAUUAAACUUUGAGUUAGAAUCUUCUUAUUCGCUAAAGAAAAAAGUUCGAUCUAUUAAGAUUUCUCAACGAUCAACAAUCAACAACGAUCAUAGGGUGGGUUGGUCGGAAUGAAAUUUUUUACGAGUGAGAAAGAACGACGAUUUCUUAUAGAAGGGGAACAUACAUGUACACGCCCACACACACAUUGUAUAUAUGUGUGUGUAUGUAUAUAUAUGAGAGAAAAAGAACGCGUGCAACUGUAGAAGAAUUUACUAAGUAUUCGUCGCUCGAGGAUAAUUAUGGACAAUCAAGAAAGCUUGUACUUCGGAUAGAACGUAGCGAGUGGUGCUUAUAUGACCGUAUAUCCGACUGUAUAUACAUAUACACAUAUCUAUAUAUUCCUUGGAAUGCAGAUGUGAGAAUACGAAACGACGACUGUUCAUUUUGAUACGAACGGCAACUGCUUACGUCAAUUUUACGAUCGUCAUCGUCGUUUACAUAUAAUCUCUCAUCCAUUUACACGAUAUUCAUUCUUCACUUUCGGCUAUAAAAAAGAAAAAAUAACUGUUUAUCGAUAAAUUCUUUUUCUUUUUUCUUUUUUUUUUUUUUUUUUAACGUAGUAGACACAUUGUACGAGGUUAUAAAUAUUGCAUCACGAUUUUAUUUAGAAAUAAAUAUCUCGCGAAAUAUAGCGAGAAAUUCAGAUAGCUCGUUACAGCAUGGCCUUCUAACUAGCAGGAAAUUCAAAUUACCGUAACAUAGAAAGAUCGUUUUAUCGAGAGUCUCUCAGACAAUUAUAAUAUGUAAGAAUUAUGCGAAUUAAUUUUUGCUCUACAAACACGUACGAACGGGACGAUACAACAACGAUUAUUACUAUAAUGAGAACGACUUCUCGUAGUACGAUGAUCGUUGGUGGGUCUUCGUACGGGGUCAAUUCUGUUUCUCUCUCUCUCUCUCUCUCUCUCUUUCUCUAUUUCUUUAGUCGUGUGUCAGCAAUAUAAUUUGUUUAUAUGUGUUACAAGCCUCGUUAUAUUAUCAUCGGUCACACAUCGCAUACGUACAUACGUACAUAUAGUUUAUACUUGAGCGAAUAUAACCUCUCCUCUCCUCCCCUCCCGUUUCUCUUUUUCCUCUCUUCUCCCCCCCCCUCCCUGUACACACAUUAGGACAUACAAAAUAAUACACGUUCGCGAGGGAAUACAGUCACGAUCGUGCGGGCAACUCGUAAUUCUCCCCACUCCCUCUCUUCUCGCCGCUCCUCUUCUUUUGCCCCCACUCCUUUUCUCUCAUUCGUUCUCACUCGAGGGAGAAGGGAAGCGAACCGUAGAACGAGAAAGGGAAGGGGAGCCUUACUACGAGAGUCCACGCGCGCUCUAUAGUAAAUCGACUAUAAUACUAUGAGUCAGUCACACCCACAAGUCGCUUGUGGGUUCAAGACCCUCGUGUACGCGCGUAUAUAUACACACACACGGUAUAGAGAAAGAAAAAGAGAGAACUCGCGUAUUACGUUCCGGCCUACGAUGAGCUAGUAAACGUGUGAUGCUCGCGCGCACACACACACGUACGGUAUUGCCGCACGCGAGGUCAUGCUUACGGACACAUAAUCGAGGAUCUAUUGGCCUCGUCUCUCGUGGAAUCACUUCGAAUAUCGAAUGGUUCCGUAUUGUUUAUCUCGAUAAGAAUUUCUACUUCCGAGUAGAAUUGUCAUUGUUGUUUCAUUGUCCCGCGUUGACAGAGACUUAAAUAAUAUAAACUUUAGAAAGGAAGAAACAUAUAUAUAUAUGUGUGUGUGUGUGAGAUAUAAUGCAUACACAUGUAUAUACAUAAUGCAUACAAUGUAUAUAUGUAUAUAUACAUUAGCGUGAUCAGACGAUUCUUGCGCUAUACUUGGCAUCGAAUAUAGUAUUAUUUUCUUCUUCGGUCAAUGGCUCGAGGAGUGCUUGGUAUUUACUCGACCGGUAUAUAUGACAGCCCUUGGAAAACGACGUCGUCAGGUGAAUGUUGGAUACAGAGAGUAGACACGGUACUGGGCUGGAUCAGGGACCAUCGAGGGACCCUUGGCUCGCUAUGGAUUACUACUUGGGCACCGAUAGUCUUUCUCUUCAGGAAAUGCUCGAUGUCGACAUCAAGUGCGAGAUCGAAGGGGUAAUCGGUGGCCACGCAGAUCUUGGCUUCAAUUUCGGUGAUUUGUCGCCGUUAGAAUUGGACGACAAUCCGGUUGGAUGUGACAACGAUCUCAGCGGAUGGUUCGGUUCCACCAGUUUGCUCAACGGCAACAGCAAUAGCUCUAACAGCAAUUUCAAUUUCGAUUUGAGUGGCGGCGAUGCUGCCUCCAUUAUGGUGAACCCCAAUUCGGUAAUGCCCCACAUGGCCAUCCACAGUCCUACGCCAAAUAGUAACAGACGGCACUUUUCUUUCUCGCCAAAGAUAGACGUUAAAGAUGAGAAAAUAGACGUCGAGAACGAGGUAGAAAAUGAAGAUGAUAAUGAGAAUGACAACGAGAACGACAAUGAUAAUGAUAAUGAAAACGAGAAUGAAAACGAUCAUGAUAAUGAUAAUGAUAAUGAUAACGAUAACGAUAACGAUAACGAUAAUGAAAAUUAUAACGAGAUCGAUACGGAAAUCGAACAAUAUGAAAAUGAUAUAACGGAAACCGAGGAGGACACCGAGGAUGAGCAGGAAGUAGCGAGGACGAUUCCGAUUUUAAAAGCAAAGCCGUCUGCUGCGAUACCGGUAAAUACUGCCGUUAAAACGAUAUCACCUCAAAUAACGAAGGCUCAUCUGUCACCGAAAAUCAGUACGAUAUCCGGCAUAAGGGUACAAAAUUUUAAGGUCCUGCAGAGUCAACCGAGUCAACAACAACCGCAGCAUGUUAGGAAGCAGAUUUACAAUAACAAUGUUCACGUCAGCACGACUUCUUCCCCAGCGAUCUCAACGAUUAAUAAAGAAUUCGAUUUGUCCGAUUACGAGGACAAGCUGUAUCCGAAGCCAGCGUAUUCUUACUCCUGCUUGAUCGCCAUGGCCUUGAAAAAUAGUCAAACGGGCUCCCUGCCAGUUUCAGAAAUUUACAACUUUAUGUGCGAACAUUUUCCAUAUUUUAAAACUGCACCAAACGGUUGGAAGAACUCUGUGAGGCAUAAUCUUUCGUUGAAUAAAUGUUUUGAAAAAAUUGAGAAACCAGCUGGAAAUGGAAACCAAAGAAAAGGCUGUUUGUGGGCAAUUAAUCCAGCCAAGAUAGCAAAAAUGGAUGAAGAAGUUCAGAAAUGGUCAAGAAAGGAUCCAUUGGCAAUUAAAAAGGCAAUGAUAUAUCCGGAUCAUUUAGAGUUACUCGAAAGAGGAGAGAUGAAGUAUGCUGGCAGUGGCGAUAUGUCAGAAGAAACAGAAAGUUCUGGUGAUGAGACUGCAGAAGAAAGUGCUGUAUACGAUGAAUCUAUACACAGUCAUAUUGCAGCUAAUUCAGUUACAGAUAGUUAUGAUGAAAGUAGUCAGGAUUGCGAUGUUGAUAUCACGGAACAUCUUUAUGAUGAAAUUGACAUAGAGGAUAAUAAAGAUGCUCUGCACAUGCAAUUAAAUAUUACUAAACAAGAGGCAAUUGAAUAUGAAUUAAGUCCUAGUACAAAAAAGCAAAAAACUUUAACAGGUGCGAUACAAGGAAAUUACGUAUAUCAACCAGUAACUACUUCUCGAAGAAAAGCGCCUCUACUUUUAAGAGCUGGAACCACAGCUGAAUCUUUUCUUAAAAUUGAAUAAAUUUAGAUAUUAUUUAACAUAUUCAAAAGGAUAAAUAUAUCUAUAAGUAUUACACCCAUUCUCAGAGGUUUCGAUAAAAACGUUUCAUGCUCAUAGAACAAAUCACUGUUUUUCUCGGAAAAUAGACAGUGCGUCAAAUUUUAUGCGAUAUAACGAUCUUAUGAGUUGAGUUUCGGAUGCAUUUGUAUAUCGUAUAUCAUAAUAUCCAUGAAAAAAAUUCAAAAGCAUUGCUAAAAUAAUUAAUUCAUAAUUGUUGUACAUCUUUUGAAUUCUUUUCAUCGUUAAUACAUAUGAAUGAUCUUCGAUAUACCACAUCAUCUUGCUCAUAAUAAUUAUUUAACUUUUAAUAUAACAUAAACUUUGUGAGAUUAUAAAAGUUCUAAUUUUUAUAUAUAUCACGAUAUGUGUGCAUGGAAAUACUUUUUUGUCAUGCCUCGAUUACCAAGUAAAAUUAUGAAUAGAUAGAAAGCAGCCGCAAACAUCAGUACUAUAUAGUGUACAUACGAUGAUGAAAAGUAUAACAAGCAAAGUGGUAUAUAUGCCACUAUCAGUUUAACAUGUUAGCUUUUAUAUGAUCGAAAAUAUUAAGUUGUAGAUUUAAAACUUUAGUAAUUUAUGUAACAAACUUACUAGUAUAUAUGUCAUGCGUUUUAGAUCGUAUAGGAGUAUGUGCUCGUGAACCAGCACAAUCAUAAAUAUCGUGUUUACUUUACACACUGCAUUAGUAACUAUAAUAAGAUGUAUAGUUACAUACGAAGAUCUUCCAAAUUCAUCAAAUGAUUUUACAAACUUCCGUUUAAUACUAUUGCGAAUAUUCACCGAUCUUAUUUCUCUGUAAUCUCUAUACACAUAUAGUUAUCGUUCUAGGACCAUAGACAAUUUAAAAAUGUCUUCUCUAAUUUGACAUAUCCUUCUUAUCGUAGUUCUUAUUUUUGUUUUUUUUUUCUUUUGUUCUUUUUGUAAAAAUAUACGUAUUGCUUUGCAAUUUUAUGUGUCUGAUAAAUAAAAGUGUAUGGAGAAAACGAAUAAUAACAAACAACUUUAUGCUUAUAUCAAAAAACUGUUAUAUUAUAUAUAACUGAACAUUGCAGUAAAAAAAAUGAGUUUAGAAUGCAGUCAUUUAUAACGUUUUAUCUGUAUCAUCAGCAUUAUCAUUGUUUAUAUUUUGUAACUAUGACUAUAUUUGAAACGAAAAAAAAAAAAACGAAAAAAAAUGUAACAUAGAUUAAUAAGUAUUUGGUCAUUCUAAUGUUGGCCAGACUGAUGUAUUAUACUUUUUAUACAUUUCUGAGAUAAAUAAUAAUUGUAAAUGUUUCUGCAAUUAUAUACCUGAAAACAUAAGAUUACGUAGUAUCACAUUUAGGUAGAGUACAAAGACGACAGCUAUGGAAUGGUCAAGAAAAAAUUUUUUAUAGAAUAAGCAGAUGGGAAUUGUAUACCUGAUUUGUUUUUAAGUAUAACAGUAAUCGUAUUCUUAGUUUUUAUUUAAUUGUAGAAAAAUGUUCCUUUCUCAACUUAGGACAAUGUUCAAUCGACAAUUUGAUUUUUCGUAUAAAAAGUAUAUAAAUUGAGAUUUCAUAGCUUUUCAGAAUAUUAUUGAAAUUUUUAUAUCGACGAUACGUGCAUAUCAUUAAUUGAUUUUAAUAUUGUAUACACAUCUUGCAAGUAAUAACGCUAGGUUGUAUAACAAAAACCCUUUUUUUUUUCCUUUUUUAAAUAAUGAUAUGACGAAGCUCACGUUUAUGAGUUUUCCUUAAAAAUAUUAUAAUACAACGUACCUAAUGUUUUGCUUUAUCGACAUUAUUUUACUAAUACUUUUACAGUAACGUACAAACAUAGGAUCAAUCGAUACAAACUUUGUAAAGUAUCUAAUCGAUAGAACUCUUUUAAUUUUUUAGAAAAAAAUUCUAUCCUUUUAGACGUACUUUCUAAUUAUCCUAUAUAUUUACAUUAAUUACAGUAGCAUACUUGAUUUGAAAAAAUACAUACAAGAUCAAGGAAAUGUAACUAAUAUUUAACAAAAAUUAUUUCAAUAUUAGUAAAAAGAGAAUAUGCACACUUUGUCUCCAAGUUAUUACCACUCUUAUCCACCGUAUCUUCUAAGAAUAUAGAACUUAAUUAAAAAACAAUAUUAUAUUCAAAAUAAGUUGUACAUAGUAAGAGUUAUCUCUAAAUUUAUCUAACAAUAGACAAAGUACUAAUAUACUUGUAUUACAACAUUUUUAGGAAAAUCAAACGUGGUAUUAUAAAUCUAUCAUGUACUAAUACAAUAGAAAGCUUGCUUUAAGAUGUAUAAAGUAUGUUUUAUGAUUAAGAAAUGGGACCAAUCUUUCAAGUUUGAUUUUAUCACACAAAGAUGUUCUUUUUUGUUUCUCAUAAGACAGACUUAGUUGACUCAAAGAUACAUUUUGUAUAGAAAGUAUUUGUAUUACUGUAAAUACUUCUUUUUUUUUCUAAUAAACAUUAAUAGAUUUUUAAUCAUACAUUCAUGAUUUUAUUUUUUACAGAAAAACACACAUUAAACGAUUCUAACAAUUAACAAAGAACUAGCUUAUGCGUGAUGUUACGAUAUCGAUAUUGAAUUGUCCCUAUAUAUAAUUAUGAGAAUGAUUUUCUGAACGGUUUAUUUAUUUCGAAACUUGUAUCUUUUUCCAGCAUUGCAAUGUCGGUAGAAAAUCUCCAAGUGAUGUAUUAAUAUAACAUAAAGAUUUAAUCACACUCGCGUUAAAAAAUAAGGAAUACUAUAAUUAACUAAUGAUCGAUGAUUCAAUUAUUUUUUUGCUUGCAAAAUUAUAUUUGCAUAAAAAUAAUUAUAAAAAAUAUGAUGGACAAUUAUUAAUUUUAUUACAUGAUCACAAACAAAAAGAACAAUGCUAUAAAAAUGUGUGAUAUGUACAUAUGAUAUUGAAAAAUUUGAUCAUACAACAUUUUUAUAGAGGAACAUUGUAAAUAUUUUCUAAUAUACAUGUGUGUGAUGUCGUAUAAAAUAAAGAGUGUCUAAUAAUAUUAGACAAAGGAGAAAUACAGUUCAUAAUAUAACGACAAAUAUGUUAUUAUUCUAUUUGAAAGUAUGAAGUAUUUACAUAAAGCACACUUUUUUAUCACACGAUAUAUUUUAUCAAUUAAGUUUGUAGAGAAAAAAUAAAACGCAAUACGAUAUACAUACAUACAUAAAUACAGAUUCAUGGAAACAAAGAAAUGGAAUUAGAAUAUACAUUGUCAUAUUAUGUAUCUACCGUCCACGAAAAAAAGAAAUAAGCAAUAUACAAUGCACACUGAAUAUACUGCAUUUUCAUGAUAUUUAAAUAACACUUUAAGAUACUGAACCAUCUCUCAUAUUUCUUAUUCCUUUUAAUGAGAACAAGUUUGUAGUGAAAGAUAGAGAAACAUGUGAACGAGUUAGUAAAAAUAAAAGUGUAAACUAUCAGAAUAUGGAAA